CUUAGUACUUUCUCAUCCUCUCUCUCUCUCUCACACUCCAACAAAAAAAGGGUAAAAGAACACUCCAAAAAGGAGUGGGAGAAACGAGGCGACUUUAACAUAAAGGAGCCAAACAUAUAUACCUUUCUUCUGCCUUGGAAUUAAAUUGGAAGACAAAAAAAAAAAUGGUGGACUUGGCUAGGGUUCAAAAGGAACUUCAUGAAUGCAACAGAGAUGUAGAGGUUUCUGGUAUAAAUGUAAGCCUUAAAGGUGACAGUCUCACUCACUUGAUUGGUACAAUCCCUGGUCCUAUUGGUACUCCUUAUGAAGGUGGUACUUUCAAGAUCGAUAUCACUCUUACUGAUGGCUACCCGUUUGAGCCUCCAAAAAUGAAAUUCGCCACAAAAGUUUGGCAUCCUAACAUAAGUAGUCAAAGUGGAGCAAUAUGCCUAGACAUCCUGAAGGACCAGUGGAGCCCAGCGCUAACUCUCAAGACGGCUCUCCUUUCUAUACAAGCAUUACUUUCUGCUCCUGAGCCCGAUGAUCCACAAGAUGCAGUUGUUGCACAACAGUAUCUUAGAGACCAUCAGACCUUUGUUGGCACAGCUCGUUACUGGACUGAAACUUUUGCAAAAACAUGUGCUGCAGAGGAGAAGAUACAAAAGCUUGUGGAAAUGGGCUUUCCUGAAGCUCAAGUGAGGAGUACUUUGGAAGCAACUGGUUGGGAUGAAAACAUGGCUCUCGAAAAGCUGUUGUCCAGCUAGAGAACCCUUUAAUUGCAACUCAUAUUUUGGAUAUAGAAGAUUAUAUCCUGCAACCAAAAGCUGAAUGCCCAGAAAAGAGUCGCUCUGUUAUACUGUUGGUUGGCAAUCUUGCCUGUGUCCUUUAUGCUUUGCUGUUGACAUUUCGUCACAUCCUGAUGUUAUUCAAAGAAUUUAACCCAAGCUUGCAUGUUGCUGUCUUCUUUUGUAAAUUUAUUCUGCUAUAUUAAUAUAAAUGGAUUCUUGCA